UGCAAUUCGCGCCGGCAACCUUGCACAACAAAGAUGGCGGAUGGAACCACAUGUUCAUUCGCAGGACUGGGACUAAACAAAUGGCUUGUGUCUCAGUGUGUGGCUAUGGGAAUAAAAAAGCCAACAGAAAUUCAACUAAACUGUGUGCCCCCUAUACUACAAGGUCGGGAUUGUAUCGGUUGCGCCAAGACAGGCAGUGGCAAGACUGCUGCGUUCGCUCUACCGAUUCUUCAGAAGUUGUGUGAUGACCCUUAUGGUAUUUUCGCUGUUGUCCUUACUCCAACUAGGGAACUUGCAUUCCAAAUUGCCGAUCAGUUCAAAGUUCUAGGCCGGCCCAUUGGCCUUAAGGAGGCUGUUAUAGUUGGCGGCUUGGACAUGAUGAAGCAAGCACUAUCCCUUGCAAAUAAACCUCAUGUAGUCAUAGCAACCCCUGGACGACUGGCUGACCAUAUAAAAAGUACAGACACCCUGAACUUGAAAAAGAUCCAGUUCUUAGUUCUUGAUGAGGCUGACAGGCUCCUUGAUCCUUCCUUUGGUGAUGACCUCAAAGUGAUUUUUGAUGCAGUGCCAGAAAAACGUCAGACUUUGCUGUUUAGUGCUACCCUAACAGAUACCAUGGGGGAAUUACAGAAGAUGUCUGGCUCACAGCCAUUCUCCUACGAAGUCCAAUCUGAUAUUGCCACAGUAGCUGAACUCGACCAAAGAUACCUCCUGACUCCUGCCCACGUAAGAGACUGCUACCUUGUUCACCUAUUGAGGGAGAACGAUGACAAUCAAUCUGUUAUUGUGUUCACACACACCUGCAAGAACUGCCAAGUCCUUGUAUCUAUGUUCCAUAAGCUCGGGCUCACAUGUGUUGGCCUUCAUUCUCUCCUUUCUCAAGGCGAGCGUCUUGCAGCUCUCGCUAGAUUCAAGUCUGGGACAAUCAAGAUACUAGUGGCUACAGAUGUCGCUAGUAGAGGAUUAGAUAUUCCCCAGGUGGAGCUUGUUGUCAACAGUAACAUACCAGCAGACCCUAAGGAUUACAUUCAUCGUGUUGGUCGGACCGCAAGGGCGGGUAGGGGGGGUAUGGCCAUUUCCAUGGUAACCCAAUAUGAUAUUGAUCGGGUCAAGAAAAUUGAAGAGAAAAUCAAUACUAAAUUGACCGAGUAUACAACAUCUGAAAAGGAAGUGCUGACAUUACUGAAAGCUGUACUAGUAGCAAGAAGGGAGGCAGAGUUGAGGGUCAGAGAUAGUGACAUCCUGGAAAAAAGGAAAGUGAACAAAAGAAAGAAGAAUAUUUUGGAAGGAAAGGAGCCUGAAAGUUCAGGUCACAAGAAAAGAAGAAAGAAAGUUAGUUCUUAGCAUGAAUAAGAUUAUAAGUGCAUAUAGCCAGUUGACAUGCAUGUGGUAGCUUCCAGAUCUGAAGUAAUGUUUGCCUGAGUGAGAAAGGUUAUUAGCAGAGAUAAUAUUUAAGUUAAAUAACUUAAUGUUAUUAACUUAUUUGUACUUGUUUGAACAACUAUUGCAUGUAGUUGCCAUAAGACUUAAAUCUGGGUUCCUUUAGUGCUGUGGUGUAUGGGGUGUUAGAAAUAUGGCAUGAGGGGAUGGGUUUGGGGUAUUGGCCUUUUUUGGGACGAUAUUGCAGUAAAAGAGAGCAAAAAACAUGUGGUAUUUCAAAACACUGCAAAAUGCAAGAUUUUCAAGCUUUUCAAACAGUGGUAUUGCAAUAAAAAAAUAAAAUUGUGGUGUUAAUUA